GUGGACUGAUGAAAAUGUGGUACCCGCUGGUACUGGCGGCAUUAAUUGUUAUUGCAAGCGCUAAUGAGAGGACCAAACGAGAUGAUCCAGCCGAUCUAGUGCAACCUGACGGUGGAAACAGCCUGGCUUUUAGACAAGGUGGCAGAUACUAUGGCGGUGGAGGCGGUGGCAGAUACUAUGGCGGUGGAGGCGGCGGCAGAUACUACGGUGGCAGAUACUACGGCGGCGGAGGUGGUGGCAGAUACUACGGCGGCGGGGGUGGUGGCAGAUACUACGGCGGCGGAGGCGGCGGUAGAUAUUAUGGCAGA